CGGAGGCAGGGCGCAUGCGUCUCGGCAGCCGCCAUGUUGUGUCCUUAAAAAAAACGGGAUCUGGGUGACGGGGGAAUCCGAGAGGGUGAAGAGAUUACAGCAGCAGCAGCAGCACGGCCGCCGCAGGCAGCUCAGAUGCGGCUCGGAGAGUCCAGGGGUCUCGGGUGAUCAGAGCAGCCGGGAACCAUCGCCCUGACUCUCUGAGAAAGAUCGAGGCGAAGCUGCGGUUCUCUGAGAAACUGUUCAAAGCCACUACUUUGUUUCUGCUGAAGUUCUGACUACAAUUAAGAUAUCAGGUGUGCCUUUUAGUACACGGGAACGCUUACAUCACAUCUUGCCGGUUUGGAAGGAUCCCUUUCUCUACUCUGAGGACCUGAAAGAUUUUAUAUUGAAGGGGGAGAAGCUGAUAGAAGAUCAGCAACAUGUCCAUCACCAACACUCCAACUAGUAAUGAUGCAUGCCUAAGCAUUGUGCAUAGCUUGAUGUGUCAUCGACAAGGUGGAGAAAGUGAAACUUUUGCAAAAAGAGCUAUUGAGAGUUUGGUGAAAAAACUGAAGGAGAAAAAGGACGAACUUGAUUCAUUGAUCACAGCCAUAACAACAAAUGGAGCUCAUCCCAGCAAGUGUGUUACAAUACAGAGAACGUUAGAUGGCAGACUCCAGGUGGCUGGACGCAAAGGUUUUCCACAUGUGAUUUACGCUCGGCUCUGGAGAUGGCCUGACCUUCACAAAAAUGAACUCAAACAUGUAAAAUAUUGUCAGUAUGCAUUUGAUCUGAAAUGUGACAGCGUCUGCGUUAACCCUUAUCACUAUGAACGUGUGGUUUCACCUGGCAUUGAUCUAUCAGGAUUGACGCUGCAAAGUUCAGUUCCAGCUCCUUCAAACCUUUUAGUAAAAGAUGAAUUUGUGAAUGAAUAUGGGCAAGUUGAAGGACAACAGUCUCUGUUGAACAGUGAAGGACAUUCUUUACAGACAAUCCAACAUCCACCUAGCACCAGGCAACCAGCUGAAACCUACAGUGGACCAGCCUUGUUAACACCAGCAGAGCCCAGUACUCCCAGCACCACCAAUUUUCCUAGCAUUCCUGUUGCUACCACAAGUCAACCAAGUAACAUGUUGCUCGUGAACCACAGUGAUGGAUUAGUACAGAUUGCAUCUGGGCCUCAGCAAGCAACUCAACAGAAUGGCUUUCCAACACAACCAGCAACCUACCAUCACAAUAGCACUACAACUUGGACUGGAAGCAGAACAGCAGCAUUUACCCCUAACAUGCCUCACCACCAGAAUGGACAUCUUCAACACCACACCCCUAUACAUCAUGCUGGCCAUUACUGGACAGUGCAUAAUGAACUUGCCUACCAACCUCCCAUAUCCAAUCAUCCAGUUCCUGAAUACUGGUGUUCAAUUGCUUACUUUGAGAUGGACGUGCAAGUUGGAGAAACAUUCAAAGUGCCAUCCAGCUGUCCUGUAGUUACUGUUGAUGGAUAUGUGGAUCCUUCUGGGGGUGACCGCUUUUGUCUGGGGCAGCUUUCCAAUGUUCAUAGAACAGAAGCCAUUGAAAGAGCCAGGUUGCAUAUUGGAAAAGGUGUGCAGUUAGAGUGCAAAGGGGAAGGCGAUGUCUGGGUGCGGUGUUUGAGCGACCAUGCUGUCUUUGUGCAGAGCUACUACUUGGAUCGAGAAGCUGGACGUGCUCCUGGCGAUGCAGUUCACAAGAUUUAUCCAAGUGCAUACAUUAAGGUGUUUGAUUUGCGCCAGUGUCACCGCCAAAUGCAACAACAGGCUGCGACUGCUCAGGCUGCAGCCGCAGCUCAAGCAGCAGCUGUUGCUGGAAAUAUCCCUGGACCAGGUUCAGUAGGAGGUAUCGCUCCAGCAAUUAGUUUGUCUGCUGCAGCAGGAAUAGGAGUUGAUGACCUACGUCGUCUUUGUAUUCUCAGGAUGAGUUUUGUUAAAGGCUGGGGACCUGACUAUCCAAGGCAAAGCAUCAAAGAAACCCCAUGCUGGAUUGAAAUUCACCUACAUCGUGCCCUUCAGCUGUUGGAUGAAGUACUUCAUACCAUGCCAAUUGCAGAACCACAGCCCCUGGACUGAGUUCUUCUGCAAUAACCAUUGUCUUAUUUUGGUGGGGUGGGGAGAAGACUAGAAUUCAACCUUGUUAAUAAACUGAUGUAUUUUACCAUUGUUCAGCAUAUUCUUUGAGAACAAAAACUUUUUUGGUAGAUAUGGAGAAAAAAAGCAAGCAGCAAAACUACUGUUUAUUUCCUCUUUUCAAAAAAAAACUCAGUAUUCAAGCUUGUGUCUUUGUUUCUCACUUUGAUACUCCACAGUAUGAUUCACAGUCUGUAUUACUUAAUCCAGACUGUGUUAGUUACCAAUGAUGGUUAUCCUACAUUCAAAUGCUGUGAAAUUGCUUAAUUUGGUGCUGUGCAAAACUAUUUAGGUGAUUAGCUUAGCCACCUUUCUCCAAGCCCAAAGCUGAACUGAAGGGCUGGGUUAAAAUGUGGGCAGUGUGAGGGUAUCGUUGUUUUAAGUUCUAAUCAAGUUGCUCGUAAUGCAUUGAAAACCUUAAUAACUAAUACCUCCAUGCCAGAAAAAGCAAAACUAAGUGGGGGAGAGGACUUAUUUUGAUUUAGAAAACAACUGUUUUCUGGUUUACAUUUUUGAAAUUUCCAGAGCAGUCAAAAACAGGUUGUAAAAAAGAUGGAUGGCAACCUCAUUUUGAAAAAUAUACAUGCAUUACAGCUACGUGGCCUCUCUUUAGCCACACUUUACAGAUCCAGGCUUUCUUUAUUUGAAAGAACACCUGUAUUUGCACUUUAUUCAAAAACUUUCUUUUAUAGUGCACCCUUAAGGUAGAUCUCCUGUACAGAGGGAUGUUUGUAUUGUACAGUUUGUUUAUCACCUUCAAUAAUGUACUUCGCUUCUUCAUUUUUCUUUAAAUUUUCUUUUUUGCAUGUGGGUCUGGCCAUUGUUUACUAACAUUGGCUGCUUUGGCCAAAGUUUUCAAAUUAUGCACAGCUUAUGACCAGAGACGGGAGGUUUAAGAAAUGCUUGUUUCUGAUCUGGAAGAAAAAUUUUAAAAAGCCGUAUAUUUUUUUACAGAAAUCCAGGUCUUGUUCAUAACACUAAAAGCGUGGAACAUUUUCUUGUGCUAUUCUAGUGCAUUUAAUGCUGAAACAUCUGUUCAUUUCUCUUGGUGUCAUUUCUUUCACCCCCUCCCCAAAAUAAAACAGUUCCAUUUUUCGUAUGUUAGGGAUGAUAAAGAAAAGGGUUUUUUGUCGUCAUCUUUCCUGUAAGAAAUGCAUUUUUUUGGCAUUAGAUUACUACAUUUUGUUAAGAUCAACACCAAUGUUUUGUAGCCAGAUCAAAUUUUAUCUUACCCUGUGUGUUUUUAACACAUUCUUAACUGUAGAAAUGGUAGAUUGUUUUUUAAAAGACCACCUGCAUUGUACUACUUAGUUUAUUUAAUAUAUUGAGUACCAAAUUGCUUCUUAUCUGAAAUUAUUUCCACUAUUAUUACCAGCAGUGUUACAGAGUGCAAAUAUCUAAGCACAUGGAGCCUAAAUUUGAAUGGUUAAAAAUCUGUAAUUGUACCGUUAAAUCUUUUCACAGUACAGGUGGACAUUAUACAGUAGUUUCAUAUGCUUGCCAUUAUUUGCUGAAAUCUGAGUUGGACAAGUGAGAAGAUGCACCAAAACUCUGUGCCUGUGAACAUUUCAGGUUAUUGAAAUCCUAGUGACAACUUUUGAGUAUUCAUUUAGGAGCACUGUAUUUGCUGCUGUUCAACGUAUCUGCUGAUUGGUUUCUGUGAAAUGUAUUAAUAUCCCAAUUCUUGUUGAAACCAAAUGUAAAUCAAAUUGCAUCUUUUAUGACACAUGCUUGUAAUUUUUACAGGAGUUAAAAAUGCAGAUCAGGAGUUACCAAUUUUGAUUUUCUUAAAAAAGUCUGAAUAAUGAAACCAAUGACUAUGCCUUUGAAAUAAUUGUCUGCCAAGUUGGAAGUUUAGGAAUCUAGGAAUGUAGUGAAUCAUAAGAGCAGUACGGAUUUUCUUUCUUGUAUACCCCUCUUCAUGUAUUUGAAUCUGGAUCAACUUCUGCUUUCUGGUUACUAGCUAUUGUUGCAAAUGACAUGCUAUUGUAAAGUUUUAAGGUGAUUUGCUAAGGUGGCGGGGAGAGGCAGGGAAAUUGCUGAUAAACUUGUUUUUAGCUCUCCCUUUUGAUGUGUGUAUGUGUGCACAUUUUGCAAAUCUUUAUACUAAGCUUCGGCACCAUUUGUAGAGACUACUAGGAUCGAAGUAUUAUUAGGAUAGUUAAAAACAAAAAGUAUAUGAUAAAAAUCUGAAAUGCCUAUCUAGGAAUAGUAAAGACAGCCCUUUUUCUUACAGUAGAGUUGCAUUGGGUAUGCUAUUUAUUAAAAUUAACAUGCAAAAGGUUAUGUGCUAACUUUGCAGGGGUUAGGUUAAAAUAAUGAGGUCAAAAUAAUUGAGUGCCUGUCUCAUGCGAUUAAGAAAUACUUUCAUUUGAAUUGGGAGAUAAAAAUACUGAUUCAUGAAAACUUGUAUUAUGCAUUGUGGAUGUUUUGAGCUUUAUAAUUUUCUUAAUCUAAGUUAAAAGCAUCCAACUUGAAAAUCUGAUUUAAAAAUAAACUUCCACUUUUCCCUAUCACAAUCCAUCUCCGUUUUUACUUCAAUUGUGUCAGACGUUUGGGUCCUUAUUUAGUUCUCCAAAUAAAAUUACAGACAGAAAAUAGGCAUGGAAAACUGAUCUUUUAAAUCCAAACAAUGGAAAAAAUAUAGCAUCUGCAGUAUAAUCCUUUGGAAAUGAAAGAUUGAUUUGAGUAGGAGGACUAUGAUCUGACAGAAUUUCAUUUAAAGAUCAAAGGAGAAAUAUGCAAAAAUAGUCACUGCAUGUAGAUGUGAAAAAUAUUGUCUGUUUUAAUAAGUUAGAUGCUAUCCAAACAAAGACCAAUACGUUAUAUAAAUUUAUGGUAUUGAACUAGCACGAUGUUAACAUGAGAUACCUUGUGAGUCAGGCAUUUUGACAUCUGUGAUGUUUAGUCCUUGUUGGAUUGAUGAUGGGAAUGGCAUUGACAGUGUGCGGCAGCAAUGGAAAUCUGUCUGGAGUAGAACACUUGACAAAAUGUCACCAGUUCUGAAUGGAGCAAGUAAUGUAUGCAUUUUAUCUUUUAAGCAACUAGUAUAAAUAAAAUGUUCGCAAAGUA